CUCUCUGUCUCUCUCCUUUUGCGCAGCGCUGCCUGAGACCGGCCCCUGAGCAGCCACGGAGGGGUCCGUUGCAGCCCCUCCCGGGCACUCCAGGAGCCGCCCCUUCGCCGCCGCUGCGGCCGCCCUCCCGCCAUGGGCCUCCGGGAGUCGCCGUACUCCAGCCGCUUCCUGGGGAGCCUGGACACGGGGCUCCGGCAGAUCUUCUUCCCCAGCUACUGGCUGGCGAGCCAGCUGCUGGCCUUGCAGCAGACCACGGCGGAGAAGCGGACCCGCGCGCGCCUCGCUCUACGGGUGGUGGUCUGGGGACCGCCGCUGCUGCUGCUGCUGCUGCUCUACGCUCCGGUCGUGCUCCUGGCCUUACUGGUCUGGCUGCCCCUGCAGGCAGCCCGGCGACCCUUUGCCUACCUGCACACGCCGGCCCGAGCCCCUCCCGAGCCCUGGGUGCUCCCUGGUCAGGCCAGGGCUGUCAGCCUCCUCAGCGGGAACGUCUGCCUGCUCCCGGAGGGGCUAGCCAAGUUCAGCAACCUGUGGCGGACCCAGUGGCGUGCUGCCCACAUAGCCCAGAGCCUGGCGCAGGUGGCACAGCUCUCCACCUACUGUGUCCCUGCCGCACCUCCUGAUGUCCCACACAAGCCGCCUGGGCCCCCUGCCAGCCCCCGGAGCCAGCCCCAAUGGGACGCUGACAUGACUGUGGAGAAGGCAGAGGCGGCGGCAGUGGCGGCCAAUGGGCCCUGGGAGAUCUCUGCCUGUUUUCCCCACAACAUCGACUUUCUGUUCCUGCAGGAGGUCUUUGACCUGCAGGCUUCCGCCCACCUGUGCCAGCUCCUCGGCCCCCACUUUGAGCACAUUGUCUAUGAUGUGGGCACCUAUGGCCUGCAGGCCUGCUCCGCCCUGAAGAUGCUGAACAGCGGGCUCUUCCUGGCCAGCCGCUACCCCCUCUUGGCGGUGGCAUUCCACUGCUAUCCCAACGGCACUGGCGAGGAUGCCUUCAGUGCCAAGGGCCUGCUGUGCGCACAGGUGCAGCUGGGAGCUUGCCAAGGGCAAAGGGUCGUUGGAUAUCUGUACUGCACCCACCUGCACGCCCAUGAAGCUGACGGACCGAUCCGGUGCGACCAGCUCAGCCUCGGCCUGCUUUGGGUGCAGCUCUUCCAAGACGCACACGCACAGCCAGGGGAUGUGGUGGCCUUUGACAUCUACUGUGGGGACCUCAAUUUCGACACCUGCUCCUCAGUUGAUGAGAUGGAACAAGGCCACGAGAUCUUCAGCCUGUACACAGACCCGUGUCGCAUCAGUCCUCAGAAGGACAAGCCUUGGGCAAUCGGGACGCUGAUGAACUACCUGCGCAUCUACGAUGAAGCUGUGGCCACCCCAGAGAACCUGAAGCGGACUCUGGAGAAUCCGGAGGAGCGGAGGAAGUACCUGGCGGGCCCCAUCCUGGCCGAUGGCUGUCCCAGCCCCUCAGCCCCCAGUCACGAAGGGCGGCGCAUUGAUUACACUCUUUACCGGGAGCACCCAGGCCCUGUGGCAUUGCAGACAACAGUGGAGAAGGUCUUCUUCAUCACUCAGCUGGCCACCUGCUCUGAUCACCUGCCCAUUGGACUGCGACUCCUUGUGUCUUCUGUAGCGGAGCCUGAAGUGUGAACCGGAAGCCCUGGCAUGGAAGGAUCCGCCAUGACACACAGGUGGACUGAAGUCCUGGAUUCAGUGAUGGGAAGCAGUCCCGGGCAUCUCCCCUGCCAGAUCGAGGGCAAGAGCAGGCCGUUGCUUAACCAGAAGCCAAGCAAGUGACUUUUGUGAUGGUGGAGGGGCUGGCAUGGCAGUCCUUCAAGUUUGCAGGUGCUGGAAAAGUCACCCACUACAGUCUCCCGUACCCAGCGGCUGAUGAAAAAUAACUGUUCUGGUCAACUGGGACCAUCAAUCCAAAGUCCUGAGUUCUCUGUCUGCAAGGCGAACCCAAGUGUCUGAGCUGCACCUUCUUAGUCACCCCCUCAACUU